GUCCCUCGACUGCCAGCCUCACGCCUACGCACGCACCAGCCGCCCAUCGACGACGUCAGCCGCUAAUGAGAUAAUCCAGCUGGGAUUCCGCGCGCCAGCUCCACCUGCCACACAACUCCCCAAGCUUCUGGCAGACAGGGGUGUGCUGGCUACAUUUCCGACCUGCGUCUCCCACAUAAUAAACUUCUCCCUCCUACCGCCAUCGCCGCACUUGUAACACCCGACUCGAGCUGCGAGCCCGAGGCCGCUCUCUCGCGACCAUGCUCUCCUUCAGACGCGCCCUCGCCGUGGCCGCCAUCAUACUCGCCUUCUUCUUCCUCCUGCGGACCACCCACCCUGGCGAGCGCGCCAAGCCACUCAAACUCAACAACUCCCCCAAACCCACCGGCAGUCACGCCGACAAUAGGAAGAUCGUCGAGGCUGUUGCAGAGCCACAGAAAGCAGAUGUCAAGAGCGCCACCACCGCCGCUCCUUCAGCAAUCCCGAAAUCAAAGAGCGAGGAUGGCGGCCAUGUGGCACUGUCGAGAAAGCCCAAGCCGCAGAUCGCCAUGGCUGACUUGAAGCUCAAGCCACUUCGACAACAAUUGGCCUACACAUUCCCCUACGACUCCGAGGGCAAAUUCCCAGCAUACAUUUGGCAGACGUGGAGACACACUCCUGCUUCGGGCGAGUUCCCUGAGGAGUGGAGGCCGGCGGAGGCGUCAUGGACAGAACUGCAUCCCAGCUUCGUCCACGAGGUCAUCACCGAUUCUGUUGCCGUGCACUUGAUCAAGCACUUUUACGCCAGCAUACCCGAAGUCGUACAGGCCUACGAAGCCCUGCCCGAGCCAGUGCUCAAGGCCGACUUUUUCCGCUACCUGAUCUUACUUGCAAGAGGAGGAAUUUACACCGACAUCGACACAACGGCACUCAAGUCUGCUGUCGAGUGGGUUCCACCGGAUGUUCCUCGCACCACUUACGGAUUGGUGAUUGGAAUCGAGGCGGACCCAGAUCGCGAAGAUUGGAAAGAUUGGUACUCGCGCCGCAUUCAGUUCUGCCAAUGGACCAUCCAGGCCAAACCAGGUCACCCAGUCUUGGUCGACAUUGUAGCCACCAUUACUGAGGAAGUGCACCGAAGAAAGAAGUCUGGCGAGCUGCACACCACAAUCAAGGGAGCUGGCAGUGUGGUCGAAUACACUGGACCGGCGCUCUGGACUGAUGCCAUCUUCAAGUUCUUCAACAAUCCCGACUACUUCGACAUGAGCACGAGCAAGGGCAACAUCACAUGGAAACAGUUCACCGGCAUCACUGCAGCAAAGAAGGUCGGAGAUGUGGUGGUGCUACCCAUCACCUCCUUUUCCCCCGGUGUGGGUCAGAUGGGCGCUGGCGACAUCGAUGACCCCAUGGCAUUUGUGCAUCACACUUUCGAGGGCACUUGGAAGCCCGAGAGUGAACGCCAUAUCGGGGACAAAGACAAGGAAUAAGCAGCGACCGCGUCGCAACGUGAUGACCAGGAUUAUCGCAUAAUCUUCGCCAUAAUCUGAACAUGAUGACGACCGACACCAACCUUGCCGAAAUUGGCGCCGCGGGCGUGCGCGCACAUCCAAAGGCAUGCAACAGAACCAUCCACGUGCGAUAACACAUUCCGAGGACGCACCAGAAACUACAUAAUAUGCAUGCACUAUCGCUGAGCAUCGGAGAUUUUACUAGCUCCCCUCAACGAGGACAUGGCGGCUACGCGCUGCUGUACGACUUGACAUGGAUUCACCGGGGCUCACCACGUCGCCUCGGAAUUUGCGAUACUUGUACAACAACACCACAUCGAGCCAACCCGCGCCGCGCAGAGACCUCGGCCGGAGAUGACAACAUCAACAUGACGCCGACGAACGAUUGUUGCUUCAGUCAAGCACAUCGUUCUCGCAAGUGCUGUCUGGAUUUUUUUGUUCUUUUACGCACGACUUGUACCAUCAACCAUUUAUCAUAGCCGCUAUUCAAGUGCUGAAUAGCGCCAGCCAGCGAAAACUCUGAUUUUUUGCUUCGGAGGCCCGAGACAUAGCUUGUCUCUAACAGAGGGAGAAGCGGUGUCGAGGGCGUAUACAUGCAUUAGCGACGGCGUAUGAACGGGUUGAAUACCUCGCGAGCAUUUUUGGGAAAAGAUGGAUUGGGCAGGAGGGAAAAGGAUGCCCAGAAUCGGAAAUUGGAGAAGAGGGACUACCACUGUUGGACUCAACAGCGUAAAAGGAGAGUCUGCUUCUGUGUCACGCUGUAGAGACACUGCGCAGACAGAAGACAAAAUGCACUCUU